CUUUUACUCGAUCAUUCCUUUUUAUCUGGGCCACAUAGUUUAAAAGUUAAAAAAAAUAUUGAAGUAAAUAUGUCUAGAAGGUGGGAUAAGACAUUUUGCGAGGCUGAGGACACGAAAAACUCGGAAUUAUGUCUGGCUUUAUACAGAAAAUCCUUGAAGUCAAAGGAUAUGGAACAUGAUGGAACCCAAUGGGAUGGACAAGACCCUCAUGUGUUUAUUACACUGGGAGCUUCAGGCGACUUGGCAAGAAAAAAAAUCUACCCCACUUUAUGGUGGCUGUUUAGAGAUAACCUACUUCCAGCUAACACUGUGUUCUUUGGUUAUGCUAGAAGUAAAACCUCCAUUGAGGAGAUCAGGCAAAAAUGUGAUCAAUACAUGAAAGUCAAGCCGAAUGAAGAGGAGAGAUACAAUGAAUUUUGGAGUUUAAAUCACUAUAUGGCUGGUGGAUAUGACAGUCGAACAGAUUUUGAAAAACUCAACCAAGAAUUGUCAAGAUUCGAAACUGGAUCAGUAGCAAACAGGAUUUUUUAUUUGGCCUUGCCACCUUCAGUUUUUGAGGAGGUCACUGUACACAUCAGAAAUGCCUGUAUGGCACUAAAGGGAUGGUCAAGAAUCAUAAUUGAAAAACCUUUUGGAAAAGAUAGUGCCACAUCACAAAAACUAUCAAAUCAUUUGGCUUCUCUUUUCACUGAACAACAAAUCUACAGAAUUGAUCACUAUUUGGGCAAAGAAAUGGUGCAAAAUUUAAUGACUCUUAGAUUUGGCAACAGAAUAUUCAACCCUACCUGGAACAGGGACAACAUAGCUUCUAUUCAGAUUAGUUUCAAGGAACCAUUUGGAACCCAAGGCAGAGGAGGGUAUUUUGAUGAAUUUGGAAUUAUCAGGGACAUCAUGCAGAAUCACUUACUGCAAAUUUUAACCUUGGUGGCCAUGGAGAAGCCCGCUUCCUGUCAUCCAGAUGACAUUAGAAACGAAAAGGUAAAAGUAUUGAAAAAUGUGAAGCAACUUGAGAUUAAAGACGUCGUUUUGGGGCAAUAUGUUGGCAACCCUGACGGCGAGGGGGACGCCAAAUUGGGGUACCUAGAUGACAAAACUGUACCAGAGGGUUCCGUAACCCCCACCUAUGCUUUAGCGGUACUAAAAAUUAACAAUGAAAGAUGGGAUGGUGUUCCCUUCAUACUAAAGUGUGGCAAAGCUUUAAAUGACAGAAAAGCGGAAGUAAGGGUUCAGUACAAAGAUGUUGCUGGUGAUAUCUUUGAUGGUAAAGGUAAAAGAAACGAGUUGGUGAUCAGGGUGCAACCUGGUGAAGCUCUUUAUGUAAAAAUGAUGGUGAAAACUCCAGGAAUGGCUUUUAAUAUGGAAGAAACUGAAUUGGAUUUAACCUAUGGUAGCAGAUAUGCUAAUGUCAAACUACCUGAUGCAUACGAGAGGUUGGUUUUGGAUGUUUUCUGUGGCUCACAAAUGCACUUUGUAAGAUCUGAUGAGUUAAGUGAGGCCUGGAGGAUUUUUACUCCACUUUUACACAAAAUUGAAAAUGAAAAAAUUAAACCCAUUCCAUAUGUUUAUGGAAGUAGGGGCCCUAAAGAGGCUGAUGAACUGCUGUUGAACAAUGAUUUUACAUACACAGGGUCGUACAAAUGGAAAAAUCCAAAGCUUUAACAAUUUACCUACAAAAUAUACAUUCCUAUGUGUAAAUACUUUCCUUAUAGGUAUAUUUUUUAAUAUUUAUAUUGUAUGGUUAAGGAUUGUUGAUUUUUGGUUGAAACCUUUUUAUUUAUACACUGUUUUAAAUGAUUUUAUUCUUUGCGACAUUCCAACUUUGCUCAAUACGUGGUAAAGGACUUUUUGGCAAUAAAAUUUGACAAUA